CUAAAAUACUACCUACUACAGGUUACUGUCAGGAGACUUUUUUAAACGAUAGUGUAUUGAUACGUCAGCGACUAUCGAUAUAUAAAAAAAGAAAAUCCUGUUUUGAACAGAUUUAAAAUGUCCUUUGAAUUGAAUCCCUGUGUGUCAAACAACCUCCUCUUUUCCUGUAACGCUAGAUGUCGCUGCCUAUUUCCUUCUAAACUAAGACCAGUGACUUCCAAAAUCACAAUAUGUGUUUACUGUAGAUAGAGGAGCCCUGAUGUGAGAUGUUCGACGACUAGAACACCAAGUCGAAUGUUACGAUCGCAUCACGAGAGUCGUACAGACUGCAACAUGGAGGAGUUACUGAAAACUGAACCUAAAGGAAUGGGACAUUAAAGGGAAGAACUCAGCCAUAGACGGAUAACUUUACUUGAUGCACUUUAUUUCAUAUGUCUACAUGUAAGUUAAGAGUGGUCAGUGACACAGUAAGAGUACAGUAUUUCAUGUCAUGAUGCUGCCUUUAACAGGAGACCAAAUGAAACCGUUACCUUGAUUGAGAGGUCAUCUCGAUUUUAGAGGUUUUAAAGCAGAAAAGUUGCAUAUUAAUUAUUUAAGAGACUGAUUCAAGUCUCAAAUGUUUGUUUUGACGUUGUUCAACCACCAGAUGUCAGAGUUGAUCAUUAUUCAACUACUCUGACACUCAGUAAACAUGUUUUUAUCUUUUACAUACCGGAAUCAGGUGCAUCUGUUUAUCUUUUAACUCUAAUUCUUUUUAAUAGGGUUUAAAAAAACUGAGAUUAUCGAACAAUAAGUUAAGUAUGCGGCAGUAAAGGAGGUUCAAACUUCCAGGAAAAUUAAAUAUAAUAAAAUACAGCAUCAACUCACAAAUAUAAUUUUAUAUCACAAUCUCACGAUUGAUUAUGAAAAACAGUGUUUCUAAAUCCAAUAACCAGACAUGGAUCUCUGUUUGGGCAUCGCAUUGAUUGUAUAUACAUGUAGAGUUCCUCACACCCCUCGUCUGACUUCAUAGUGGUCUUUAAUCUAUGACGACCAAUCAAUACCUGGUGGAUCAGAGCUGUGAUGUAUGAACCUGCUUGUGUAUCCAGGAGUACAACCAGAACAGCAUCUUCAGUCAGGCGUACGGCAAGAACCUGCCGCCCAGCUCCAAGCCCGACGCUCCCAUGAUGCACCAGGAGCCGUCCCUCUACUCGCUGUUUGAAGGGACUCCCUGGUCCCCCUCCCUCCCAGCCAGCUCCGAUCACUCCACCCCAGCCAGCCAAUCCCCUCACUCCUCCAACCCCAGCAGCCUGCCGUCCUCCCCCCCCACACACAACCACGGAGCCAUGCCCUUCUCCAACUUCGGGCCCAUAGGCACUCCGGACAGCCGGGACCGCAGGAUGGUGGACCGCUGGAAGGCUGACAAGACCGGAGCAGUCAGCGGGUUCGGACUGGACUACCUGCCGGCUGCAGCGUCCUCCGCAGCUUCAGACAACAGCUGGCACCAGGCCGGGCCAACCAGCAGCUCAUGGACCAAUCAGGAGUCUCCUAUGGAGGAGUCGUCCUCCACCGUGCUGCUCGACAGCCUCAAGUCGAUCUGGUCGAGCUCCAUGAUGCAGCCGGGCCCGUCGGCUCUGGAGCAGCUUCUCCUGCAGCAGAAGCAGAAGCAACAGAGAGGUCACGGCGCCAUGAACCCGCCUCACUGAACGGCCGGCCCACGAGGCGGCGCUUUUUGAGUCCGGACGUGUCGACGUUUAAAAACUAAAAUAACCACCAGGAGAAGAAGAACGUGAGGGGGAGGAGGGGGAAAAAACAAAGGUUUGACGAAGACGAACUCCAAACGGAAAUGGAAAAAUUAAAACCGGUCAAGAAAAAGGUGGAGGCUUUGGGGGGAGGAGGUGACGACACCCACCCGAUGACGAGGCUGAAACACCCCCCCACCCCACCUACCCCCCCUCGUCUGUUGAGGAGCGGUGACGCCCCUCCUGGACUGGAAGGUGCGCGGCGAUCUCUUCAACCGCGGCGCUACGCCGCCGCCGGGUUUCCUUCAACCCGUGGAAACCUGAACAUUGAGGAUCAUAACCCCCCCCCCCCCCCCCACACACACACACACACACACACACACCCCUUCACCACCACUACCCCCACCCACCCUUUUUGGACAUCCUCUCUCACCUGGAAGAACUUCCUCUUUCUUUGGGAUGAAAUAAAAAAAUAAACCCUCUCCUCCUGGAUGUCUGCUCGGUCCGCCUGUUUUUAGCGUCUCCGCAGACUGACGCUGGGGGGGUGAGAGAGAGAGAGAGAGGGAGAGGGAGAACGGUGUGGUGGUCGGGGUUCAUGGGGGGAGGAGAACAGGUGAAGCACUGGGGGGGGGGGGGGGUCAAAAUAUAGACUGGACUUUCUGAUCUCUCCAUUCAUUUUCAUUACUAUGGAGGAGGCUCUGUAGCUCAGUGGUUGAAUGAAGGAAAGGAGGACGGUUUGGCUUCCAGCUAUAUAAAUAUAUGAAUCCGUAUAUAUGUAUUUCCCGUAGUUGGACUUUUAAAAAAGCGGGGCCGUUGUGAGGAUCAGGACUGGACUCUUUGUGAAGCCAGGUGUGUUCAGGUAAUGCCACCUGGACCGCUUUGAUGUCCCGCCCUUUUCUUUUUUUCUUUCUUCUUUUUUUUUUUGAAGGACGAAGCCGGAGGCCCCCGACGACGAUGGGACGUCCCGGGAAAGGACAGAAGCAGAAGGGAAAAAAACAAACAUCAGACUUAGGGAUAGUGUCACCGUUAAAAGAAACAACUGUAUUUUGUGAUUUGUUCGUAGCAGUUUUAGCUUCUCGCCCCUCUGAGGCGAACACAGGUAUGUCUAUUAGCUUCCUGCUUGAAUAUUUUCGGGGCUUCUCUUCCUCUCCGGGCUUCUUUCUCUUCCUGUUAUUUCUUUACUUAAAGAAAAGAAAAGAUGUAACCCUGCUCGCUUACUUAACCUGCAUUUAAUGUUUCCUUUAUGUUGCUGUUCUGCCUUUUUACUAGUUUUUAAGCAGCGCUGGUGUCUCUGCUCUCUGUAAAGGUUAGGCCACAGACAGACAGGCAGACAGGUAGGUGUAUACAGGUAGCUGGCUGAAUGUUCCCACUGUUUUUUUUCUUCAAUAACCACUACUGCAGCUCGACAUGUACAGCAGAUUGUUUCUGAGUCGUAGCAUCUGGAAGCCCCUGGAACCUCCGGAGAACCAAACCAUCGAUUAGUCUCACGUUAGUUUUUAUUCUUUCUGUUGAGGAAUCCUGAGAUGAGCUUUUGUUCUGAUCAGACGAUAAUAUUAACACUUUGAGAAGCUGGAUCUUGUGACUUGUUUUGUCGUAUUUGUUUGUAAAGUAACUCAAAGCUGAUUAAUCAGGUUCUUUUUGGUCGAUUGACUUUUGUCAGAAAAUAAUUUUUAAAAAAUUUAAAUAGCUCGUUUUGUUUGAUCAUCAAUGAAACACUUCAGAUAAUGUAUUUCACGCAGAAACCAUCAAAUGUUUUUCUUUGGAAAUUAUUUACCUGGACCAUCUUUUUUUUUUUUAAGUCCAGGAACUAAACGUAACGGUUCUGAGUUCCCAUUAAAAUACAAAAGUUUCCUGAGAAGUUCCAGCGGUCUGAGAGAGUCGUGAGAGGGUUUUUAUUUCUGUGGUUUCACCCUCGUAGAGUCCUGGUUGGUUUAGAGCCAAUCAGAGAGCGGCAGAGCGACCGCUGACCAAUCAGGACGUAGCAGGAUGCGAGGUGGUUUAGACUGUAAGUAACUUCCUGUCCAGUUUAAACCAGCAGAAAGCUGUUUUCUACCUUUAAACAACCAUUUAGUUCCAAGGGAUUGAAACAAUAAAAAGAGUAAAAGCCUGUUUUAUUUUCCCGUUCCAGGGUGUUUUAUUAACGCAGACUUCAAAGAGACGUGUCUAUUUUCCGUGCGGUUGUGCUUUUCAUGUUGCAUUUACAAAAUGUAUUUGAACAAUAAUAAAGAUAAAAUAUUGAAUGAAUGUGAGGACGAAAAGUUUGGCCAGAAAGCGUUCGAGGAGAGAGAGAGUUAGUUUCUCGAUGUUUUGAAGCUCGCUGCGUGGAUCUGAGCUGGUUCUGGGGUUGUGUGUGUUUUUGAGUAAGAACUAAAUGGACAUUCCACUCGGUCGGUGUUUGGAGGUUUCGGUCCUCGCUGGUUUGGAGCUCUGACGGGUUUUUACUGACAGGAAACGGCCUCAAGACCUGAACUCUGAGGCUUUUUUGUGUUUCUGGUGGAAUCAGCCUUUAAAUAAACGUAAACUAUGUUCUCAUCUUGA